AUGACGGUCGCUGCCGGCGCCGUGUCGGCGCCCGCCGAGGCGGAGAACAUCGCCGUGUGCAUCCGCGUGCGCCCCAUGAACGAGCGCGAGACGCGCGCGCAGGACGCGCCGGCGCUGAGCUGCGUGCCGGCGCUGAACGCCGUGGCGCUGACGGACCCGGCGACGGGCGCGCCGCUGGCCGGCAAGGGCAACACGUUCCAGUACGACCACAUCUUCGAGGCCGGCAGCGACGCGCGCGACAUCUACGCGCGCGUGGCGCGGCGCAUCGUGCGCUCGACGCUGGGCGGCAUCAACGGCACCAUCUUCGCGUACGGGCAGACGAGCUCGGGCAAGACGUUCACCAUGCAGGGCGACGGCGGCAUGCCGUUCGAGCCCGAGGCCGAGAGCACGCGGCCGGGCAUCCUGCAGCUGGCGGUCGAGGACAUCUUCGGCUUCAUCGAGAGCUGCGCGGACCGGGACUUCCUGCUGCGCGUGUCGUUCCUCGAGAUCUACAAUGAGGUCGUGCGCGACCUGCUCGGGCCCAGCGACAACCUCAAGCUGCGCGAGGACCCGCGCAAGGGCGUGUACGUCGAGUGCCACGAGGAGAUCAUCACCAACUACGAGGACAUCGUGACGCUGCUGCAGACGGGCAACCGCAACCGCACGGUGGGCCACACGGCCAUGAACGACAAGAGCUCGCGCUCGCACAGCGUCUUCCGCAUCGUGGUCGAGAGCAAGCACAAGAGCGACGCGCCCGGCCGGCGCCUGUCCGAGGAGGACGUCAACGGCGCCGUGCUCGUGGCCAGCCUCAACCUCGUGGACCUGGCCGGCUCCGAGAGCCUGCGCCACACGGGCAACGAAGGUAUCCGCCAGCGCGAGGCCGGCAACAUCAACAAGUCGCUGCUCACGCUGGCGCGCGUCAUCAACUCGCUGGCCAGCGCCGGCGGCAGCGGCCAGAACGCGCCCUUCCGGGACAGCAAGCUCACGCGCCUGCUGCAGAACUCGCUGGGCGGCAACACGCGCACGCUCAUCAUCUGCUGCGUGACGCCGAGCGACCGGUACAUUGAGGAGACCAAGAGCACGCUGCAGUUCGCGGCGCGCGCCAAGGACAUCAAGACGUCGGCCACCGUGAAUGAGGUGCUGGACGACCAGACGCAGCUGCGCCGGCUCAAGCGCGAG